AUGCGAAGGGGCGGCGCGGGGCGGUCUGUUCGGGGAGCGGCCGCGCAGGUAUUUAUUUCCACCCGAAGGUCUAAAAAGUCAUCUGGGAGGACCACGGCGUCGAAGCUUCGACACGUACAACACCGGAUUUACCAGCUGUUGGACAAACUUCACUCCGUUUUGGUAAAAGCGGGGCGGCAGCGCUCAGACUCGAUCUUGGAGUCUCUCAAGCUGGACGAAAACACGAACAAGAUCCACCUGAAAUUAGACCCCCGGAUCUUUCUCAUGCAAGCAUCGUUUCUCAAGUUUUUGGACUCUUUGCGCGCUGCGGUGGACAAGAAUGGGGUUCUUGUAAGAGGUGCAGACGAAGAUUAUAGUGUUGCUGCUUCGCAAUCGCAACGCCAACGGGUGCAACGACAGCACGCUCCGGUGGCAGGAGCGUUCCCCUCCUGGCUGAAUCUGGGAGCUGCUGCUGCUGAAUCUGGACGAAUCUCCAAGGUUACUGAAAUUUUGAAACGGUCCGUCACUGGCUACUACACUGACAGCGGAGACUUUGUUUUCGCUUUGGAGGAAAUUCUGACACGCCAGCCACCAAAAAUGGAAGAUCGAGACCGGAUGUUGAGGAGACCAAAAAAGAUCAGGAAAUCCGCGCACAGCUACGUGUCACACUUAAUCUACACGGUGUUUAAGCAAGAUAUAAUCGGCACUAAAGCCGUCGUCGACCCUCUCUCCACCGAGUCCUCCAUCCGUCGGCGGAUGCUGAAGAAACUGGGGCAGUUGCGGGACCACAAAGGCUGUGCAUUUCUGGAUAGCUACUCCAAGCAUUUCGUCCCCGCGAAGUUGCGGAGCAGGCAACUGAGGAAGUACGAAGUAGUUUUGUCUCUGCAUGCGAUCGAGCGGAGUAGAAGUACUAGAGGGGG